AUGCCCAAUGCCAGUCAUAAUCCUUUUAUGAUCCCCAGUAUCUUUACUCCGAAUCCUAAUUCAUCCAAUAAUGUUCCUUACCGCCCCGCUUUUGCUGCACCCUCCUCUUUUCAUCCACCGCCACCGGUAGCACCUUCAUCUAUUCCUCAGAAACGCCCUUCGGGUCACGCCCUAGAUCGCGCCGUCAUUGAUCUCACGGACUCGCCGUCGCCACCACCGCAAUUUCAGAGACCUCUUCCAUCUCCGACUCUUGCUGAUUUAUCUCCCAAGACUCCAGUCUGUAUCGGUCAACUCACAGUAACCGCUCUUGUCCUCUAUCCUAACAAGUAUAUGAUGGCUACAAACCUGGCUUCACCACAGGUCGAAUGGGGCUCAGUAAAGCUUCAGUAUGAACACGCCCCGAAACCGGAUGGUACCACCGACAACCUCAACAUCAAAACCCCAACAGGUGAUCCUUUUGGCAUUGUAGAACACAAGGUGGCUAGUAGUCUGGGGCAUAUGGUUGGUAAAGGGCUCAUACGCCUGGAGGCCAAGGUACAGAAAUGUAGAUCCAAUGCUCCUAUUCUCCCGCUCACGAUGCUUGUAUAUACUCCCAAAGGGAACGUUCCUGUUGUCGGAGACUAUUUCUUGCAGUGUGGUCUUUUGCUUGAUCAUCCGACGUCUCCGUUUUCGUACAAUGACAUCGUCAGCAGCAAAACGCCGUACUUGAACCCUCACAAUCCUCCUCCGGGAGGGCAUAAUCGCGUACAGUACGCUCCAAAUAGAACCUUAUAUGCGGGGAAUAAUGGGAGAUGGUCCACUCCCGCACCCACAGGGAAGAGUGUGGAAGUCCAGCGAAGUCAGGUGGACGAGCUUUUUAAGAAUUUGAAGAGUGGUGCUGACUUGGCUGAAAUGGAAGCCACUCCCGAGGUUGCUACACAGCUAUAUCCUCACCAGAAGAAGGCUCUGACGUUUCUCAUGGAGCGAGAGAGAGAAAUCAAGACUUCUGCGGGUAUCUUUUCGUCUAUGUGGCUAAUGCGGAAGAGCUUGUCUGGACAUGAAUCAUGGACCCAUAUUGUCACCGAAAAGGAAGUAUAUGAGGAGCCUCAGGAAUCUAAAGGUGCAAUUCUUGCAGAUGAUAUGGGUCUUGGCAAGACCAUUACCUGCGUUUCACUGAUAGCCGCCACCCUCAACUCCGCUCUGACAUUCGCAUCUACCCCCCUGGAAACCCCGAACGUUCCGUGGAGUUCCAGCGCGGACAACUCACUCCCUGCUCCAUCGCAGUUCGCUGGCAGUGUAUGGGGUAUGCCUGAUGUGUCCGAGAAUGGUGCAUCUUCGGCGAAAGCCAAAGCCAAAGCUCAGCGCGCGCAGGAGAAACUUGAAGCCGAACACGUAAGGGCCAACAGAAUCAAGGCCAAAAGUCGAGCGACGUUAAUCAUUUGUCCGCUGUCGACUGUUUCCAAUUGGGAAGACCAAUUCCGUGAACACUGGAACGGCGAAGUUCAAGUCUUUGGCGGUGGUGCUGGCGGUGGUGCAGCUGCUACUGCUUUAUGUUCGCAAUCAGCGUCACAGAUAUCGCUUACUGACGUCCAGUCAGAGACAAAGCCCACGCGGAUACGAGACGGCAGGUCCUUGAAGGUAUAUAUUUACCACGGUAACGCUCGAAGGCCGGACCCCGCAUUCCUAGCAGAUUUCGACGCCGUUAUCACGACAUAUGCUACACUGGCAUCUGAAUUUUCUAAACAGAACCGGAGCAUCGUUACAGCAGAGGCGGAGGAAGAGGAGGAAGGCGCCGGAAGCAGCGAUGGUGGAGGCGUAGAGAUUGAUGAGAGAGGAAACCAGAUUCUCAGACUUCCCAAAACGAAGAAGGGGGGCGUUAAGAGGAAGAAGUCAGGUUUUUCGGCUUCCGAAGCCUCUAGUGCUCUGCAGAGCAUUCAUUGGUUCCGUGUUGUUCUGGACGAAGCUCAUUGUAUAAAGGAAACCGGAACAGUGGGCAGUCGCGCGUCCUGUGACUUAAUGGCAGAUCGACGGUUAUGUCUCACGGGAACACCGGUUCAGAACAAACUGGACGAUGUUUUCGCCCUCAUCAAGUUCCUUCGCUUGCAGCCGCUAGAUGAUAAAGCGGUAUGGACGGAAUUCAUUGGCACGCCCGUAAAGUUUGGACAGACUAUAGGCAUCGUUAGACUGCAAGGUUUGAUGAAGACAAUAACGCUGCGCCGAACGAAGGAAUCGAAGACCUUGGAUGGGAAAAGGAUUCUUUCGCUGCCCCCGCGAAGAGAUGAGCUCCGGUUGUUGAAAUUCGACGCCCAGGAGCAAGAGAUCUAUGAUCAGUUCUUUACUGCUUCCAAGGCCGAAUUCAACGAGAUGUCGGACAAGAACGAAGUAAUGAAGAACUAUGUUGGCAUCCUGCAGAAGAUCCUUCGAUUGCGGCAGAUAUGCGAUCAUUUUGAGCUUGUGGAAGGCAAAGAUAUGCUCGGACAAGAUAACACACUAUCUUACGAGGAUAUUAUCGCCGCGGUCGCCAAAGAAGGAUUCACCACUUCUCGCGCAAUCGCCAUUUUUGCUAUUUUGAAGGAAUCUGCGACAACACAGUGUGUUGAAUGUGGUUCGGAACUGUGCACAUCCUCCGGAGAAGCUCAGGAUGACAUGGACGACCUAGGACCUAAAAAGACGAAGAAGAAUAAAGCUUCUUCUUCAAAGGCCCCGACUCGAGCUAGCAGUCCUUCCGUUCCCCGCCCCAUCUUGACACGAUGCCAACAUUUAUUCUGCUUCCAGUGCUACCGACAAUGCAUACACCCCUCAUGGCCCAACGUCGCACCUGACAUUUAUCGUUCGUGUUCUGCGUGCCAAACCGGCUUGUGUCCAGCCGACGCGAUUGAAAUCAAGUCAGAGUAUCUAGAGGGUUCGACCUCGAAGAAGAAACCUGCGAGGAAGGAGAAGCGGCAGCGUGGGACCGGCUCUGAGACUUGUCAUCCGUCAACCAAAAUCAAGGCCUUAUUGGGCGACUUGAUACAGUUCUCGAGAACGAAUCCCUACUCUUCGAAUUAUGAUCCGGAUUCCAUCGAAGUGCAGAUGGUAGAUGAGAAAGGGGUCGAGGUUGAUGAAGGUGUUGUGAAAACGGUAGUUUUCUCACAGUGGACGACGAUGCUUGACAAGAUUGAGGAGGCGUUGGAGUCAGCAGCUAUACGUUUUGACCGUUUAGAUGGCACAAUGAAGCGGGACGAACGGAUACGAGCAAUGGAUGCAUUGAAGUAUGACCCAGCAUGCGAAGUACUGCUUGUCAGUUUAAAGGCAGGAGGUGUUGGACUGAACCUUACGGCCGCACAACGUGUAUACCUCAUGGACCCGUAUUGGAAUCCUGCCGUCGAGAAUCAGGCAGUUGACCGUAUCCAUCGACUAGGACAAACUCGGCCUGUCACAACUGUGAAGCUAAUCAUCGAAAACUCGAUCGAAGCUCGCCUUUUAGAGGUCCAGAAGAAAAAAACCGAGCUUGCCAAUAUGACUCUUGGUUCGAACUUUAGUAAAUCAGAGCUUAUGGCUCGUCGCAUGGAAGAACUGAACCAACUCUUUGGAUCGUAA